CCUUCCUGAAUAGCGGAAAAGGACGCACAUCAUCAUUCAUCUGUGCUGCUGGUUCCGCUUCCACCGCACAUCGUUGUCCUGUCAUCUGGGUACUUUCAACUUUGAAUUGACCAUGCUAAGCAGAGCAGAAAAGACACGGCCCGGAAAUUUCAUCUUUACAAGCUACAAUUUCAGUGGCCCUGACCUUUUUCUUGCAUACGCAUGUCAUGUACCCACGUCUCUCCUGCGAAAUUGUCUAGUAAUUUCCUUGACUGAACCCAUUCGAUGAAGUUCAAUUUAAUGUCGCACCCUCUAAUCUAGUGGCGCCACCAAUUUAUAUGUAUCCGUCGUUGACGACUAUGCCAUCUUAUAACCCCUGAGCCUCCUACAGAGUUGAAUUCGUGCCUCUCAGAUGCCUUCUUCCUGUAUCCUUUGUUGAGCUCGACAUCUUCCCACUGUACUUGAGGCAAUCAGACCAUCAUGCUGCUAAACCUACUGGUGCUAGCAUUUCUACUUUUUGGAGCCGGCAACCUUGCUUUCAACCUUCCGUCUGAUGGGAUACUGAGGAUCGCUCUGAAGAAGCGGCCUUUGAAUCUUAACAACAUCCAUGCGGCAACAAUCUAUGCCGGACACUUGGGAAACUUCACUGGCCACGUGGAAUCCCUAGAACGAAAUGUUGUGUAUCUGAAGAACUACUUGGAUAUGCAGUAUUAUGGUGAGAUUAGUCUCGGUACACCACCACAACAUUUUGAUGUUGUCUUUGAUACUGGCAGUGCUAAUCUUUGGGUCCCAUCUUCAAAAUGCUUCUUUUCUGUUGCAUGCUAUGUACACUCCAAGUAUAGGUCAAGGCAAUCCAGCACAUAUACAGAAAUUGGAAAAUCUUGCAAAAUCCCUUAUGGCUCGGGAUCCAUCUAUGGAUUCUUUAGCAGAGAUAAUGCAGGACUUGGAGGUAUCACAAUUAAGGAACAGGUGUUCACUGAGGCAACAUGGGAAGGACUGUUCACGUUCUUAGUUGCACAAUUUGAUGGGAUACUUGGACUUGGAUUUGAGGACAUUGCUAUUGGACGUGUAACUCCAAUUUGGUAUACUAUGCUUGAUAUAUUCAUUAAACUUUUUUUUUUGGGGGUAUUGCAAUUUGUUGUUGUGAUGGCUCAAGCACGAUGUGGCUUUAACCAACAAGAUGCUGAAGCUAAUUAUUGUUACGUAUGCUUGUCUUUUAUUUAACUCAAAAGUAGAAAU